AUGAUAUCUGGCCAGGCGUUGGGUGUCUUCAUUGUGUACGGAUGCUCAAUCCAUGUUGCACCCACAAAGGAUUUACAGUUUCAGAUUCCUUGGUUCACUCAGACAUUUGCGCCUGCAAUAAGUAUUCACGACCAAUCCCUUGCCACCUUAGCCCAGCUUCGUGGGUCCCCGGCCGACUCUGACAUGGUGGCCACCGAAUUCCAUAGCAUGGCAUCCCACAUUGGAGACAAGGAAGCUGGCCUUGGGAAUAACAGCAGUUUAAAAAUCAUCAAGGAGGCAUUUUUGGUAAAUUCCAAUCUACGACGGGUACAAUUAACAAUCAUCAUCUAUAUCCUGGCACAAAUGUCUGGGGCAAAUGCAAUCACCAAAUAUUUACCAACAAUAUUUGGCUUGAUUGAAAUCACAAAUUCAGAUGUGAAGGUAUACUCAACAGGUCUCUAUACUGUCACAAAAUUGAUUUGCUGUGUUGUUGCAUCGCUCUUUUUCAUCGACCUUGUUGGACGCCGAAAAUCUCACAUGAUUGGCAUAUCGGUUCAAAUUACCUGCCACUCCUAUAUAGCCGGCUACAUCAACAUUUAUCAAACCCAUAAAGACGAUAUGAGCAAAGGUUCUACGGAUGCAGCACCAGCGUUUGUUUACAUCCACGCGUUUGGGUGGGCCAUAGUUCUAUAUAGCUUGCCCUAUCUAUUCGGCGCUGAACUAUGGCCUAACAAAAUCCGAUCAUUUGGUGGAGAAUUAUCCCAAUGUUUCCAUUGGAUCUUUUACUUUGCUAUUAAAGAAGCGACCCCCUCGAUGCUCAACAGUCUUCAUCAAUGGGGAGCGUUUUUUUGUUUAUUGGCUUCUGCAUGUCGGCGCUGCUAUACGCUUAUUUUAUGGUUCCUGAAACUGCCGGAAUGA